AUGGGGAACGACUCCUUCAUUGCCGAGGGAAUGGCUCCGCCACAAAGGAUCCUCUUUCCCCCGGAGAAGAUUUGCAUGGGCUGGCAGCAACGACAGAGAGCUGGAGCGGGACUCCACAACCUGCACAAUACGUGCUUCCUCAACUCCGUCCUGCAGUGCCUGACGUACACACCCCCUCUGGCCAACUACCUGCUCUCUCGUGAGCACAGCUUGUCGUGUCGCCAGCUAGGCUUCUGCAUGAUGUGCAGAAUGGAAGCGCACGUUAACAUGGUCUUGCGUUCCUCCGCCAGUGCCAUCGAGCCUUGGGCUGUCCUCAGUGUCCUCAAGCGAAUAGGAGAACAUUUCCAGCUUGGCAUGCAGGAAGACGCCCACGAGUUCUUACGCUAUACUGUCGAUGCCAUGCAGAGAGCUUGUCUGAGUGGAAGCAGCGACUUGGACAUCUCUUCUCAAUCAACUACCGUUGUCCAUCAAAUAUUUGGGGGCUUUCUGAGAUCCAGAGUCACGUGCUUGAGCUGCAAAGCGGUUUCUGAUUCCUACGAGACCUUCCUGGAUGUUCCUCUGGAUAUAAAAGCAGCCUCAUCGGUCAGCGCAGCUCUCGAGGACUUUGUGAAACCUGAGCAGCUGGAUGGUGAAAACUGCUUUAAAUGUAGCAAGUGUGACAAGAUGGUUGCCGCCUCCAAGAGGUUUACAAUCCAUCGGGCACCAAAGGUUCUCACGGUGUGUCUGAAAAGGUUUGACCAUUUCACCGGCGGGAAGAUCAGCAAGGUUGUGGGGUAUCCCAUGUACUUGGAUCUUCGGCCAUACACGUCUCAGACAGCUGGAGAACCCCUCCUCUACUCCUUAUAUGCUGUCCUGGUGCACAGCGGUGGCAGCUGUCAUACAGGACACUAUUUCUGCUACACGAAGGCCAGCAAUGGACUGUGGUACGAGAUGGACGAUUCGUCUGUGGUUCCCUGUGACUUCAACACAGUUCUCAGGCAGCAAGCCUAUUUACUGUUCUAUGUCAGAAGACAAUUACUACCUGCGUCGUUCAGUGCUGUCAAACCCGAGCUACCCCACGUCAGUCCUUAUCCUUCCUUGCUGGGCUUUAGGCUGCUGCCCAGGUCUAAACUGCUGCUCCUCUGCUAUCUGAAGCUGGCUAAUGUAGAGGAGAGUAGUUAA